CGAAAGAAGCGGAUUGAUUUCCUCUACUAUGGAUGGGAAUAUCUACGAUCAGUUUGGGGAGGCCAUUGACAGAAGGCUUGGAGGAGUGAGAGUUGAAGCACAACGAAGAGCGGCAGCGGGACCACCGCCCCCUGCCAUGUUCAGGCUAUGGCAGGAGAAGGAGGAACCACCGUUUGGGGUGGAAGAAGAGGGAAGCGAUGAGGAAGUGACUCAAGGGCUGCGAGGAGGAAGUGCGACGGAAGAGACCAUAAUCAUUGAGUCAGAUAACGAGGAUGAGGAAGAAAAAACGGAGCCUCCGUCCGUCUUAUUUGAGAAGAUGAAGGACUUGCUGGAUAAGAUGGGGAGGUACCAACAGAAGUUGGUGGGCCUCUGUAAAGAAGUGAAAGGAUGGAAGUAUAACAUCCCCACAGUAUUCCUCUUUGACUCCGGCCCGGAGUCAGCGCCUAGGCGACCCGGAGUAAAUAUGGUGGGGUCGUGCCCUCAACCAGGAAUAAGGGGGAGACCCCUCACUCCGCAAGCCCGGCUGGCACAGGCAGCGCGAACGAGGAAUCAAGCCAAGGCCAGUACCAGCCAAGAGCCUCCAAGGGGGGAACACGAACCAGGGAGAAGGAAGGAGGCUGUGGAAGUAGAGGACGACGAUGAUGAAGAGGAAGAGGACGAAGGCUGCGCAGAGAAGAGGAUCAGAGAGCGGAGUAGCGGGCAAGGAAAAAGGGAGCCAGGGGAGAGGUCUGACUUUACGAAGACAGCCAUGCCAAGAGGAGGGAAGGGGACACGGCCGCCUCAGAGGCCGUUGGGCGCAUCAGGAGGAUAUGAGCGGCAUGAGCCUCGCCAACGAGAAAGUACUCUAGUCUACAAUGAUGGGGACAUCGAGCUAUUCCUGGACAGUUUCUGGGAGCAUGCGAGGCGUAUGGGCUGGACCGUCACUCAGGCGAUUGAGAGAUUAAGGGGAGCAGGUAGGUUCGAAGAGCCCAUUGCCAGGAUUCGUAGGGAGGCGACGACGAGGCAGGAGGUGGAGAUGAAGAUGGAGGAGUUGCGACCCUCGCCUGUGGGACCUUAUGGCAGGCCGAUCCGCCUGGAGAUUGGAAAUGCGUCGGACUUCAUCCCCGCGUUUGAGUGGUUCAUGCAAGAGCAGGGCAUACUGAGAGAUGAUUGGAUACAGACACUGCCACUCUGGACCAGGAAGGCGGAAAGGCCACUGGCUAUGCAGAUCAGGGACAUGGCAUGAGAUUGGGAAAGCUGCAGGGCACAUUUGAGAGAGGCCUUUCGACGGCCAGAGCUCCCUCAGCCCAGAGUCGA